UUAGUAAAUUAAUUGUUCAUUAAAAUUGAACUAAUUGCAUUAUGAUUCAUAUGAAAAAAUUAUGAAAUAUUCUCUUGAGGUUAUUCAACUGAUUUAUAGCCUCACAUUCGCUUUUGCUGAAUGAAAGUGAUGAUCCAUCAUACAUAUAUAUGAGUAAAUAUUUAUACAACAAUAAUUAAGAGUUCUUAUCUAUGUAAAUAAACACACAAUAUAAUCACGGCGCACGUAGUAAAAAUUGUGAUUCAAUCUUCAAAUAGCCUUUAAGUUGGUUAACUACAUAAAUGGCUCAUCAUAUUUACUACAAGUUGUUUAUACACAAACUGACGUCGCUUAAUCUCGAAUAAAAAUUGAAAAAAGAAACAAGUGAUUCGGGUUAAAUAUAAUUGCAAAGCUACUUUACAGCAAAGGUUUUGGAAAAAAUUGAGUUUGACUGAGGUCGUGAUAGCUAACUAUUAUACACAUAGAGAUCCUCGAAUAAUGAACUUCAUCGAAUUCGAAAGGGAUUGUCUGCAAGCGCAUAAUCAAUAUCGCGCUAAGCAUGGCAGCCCACCAUUGUCACUAGAUCGGAGACUUUGCAAUUAUGCUAAGGAAUGGGCGGAGUAUUUGGCUCGUCGCAAAAUUUUCGAACAUCGUGCGAAUAAUCGUUAUGGCGAAAAUCUCUACAUGUCCAUUGGACGUCCGAAUUUAUGCGGUCGCGAUCCAGUGAAUAGUUGGUAUGCUGAGAUAAAGGAUUACAAAUUUAAAUUAGGUGUUUUCAGCCUGGAAACGGGACAUUUUACGCAAGUGGUAUGGAAGGGUAGCAAACGUCUGGGUGUGGCCAUGGUGAGAAGCGGUAAUCGUAUUUAUGUUGUCGCCAACUAUGACCCACCAGGAAAUUGUGAUGGCCAAUUUUUGAACAAUGUAUUGCCGGCGUUAGUGCUAUCAAGCUGGCUUGAGCCGCUACAGUACAAAGCGGAUAUGGCGACUGUGAAACGCACUGUUAUCAUUAAGCAGGUUCCCGCGGGCGGUGCGCCCAACCAACCGCCGCCGAAACCCAUUACAAUCUCACAAGCCGAUUUCGAGAAGGGUUGUUUGGAGGCGCACAACAAAUUUCGGGCGAUGCACGGCACACCGGCGAUCAGCAUUAAUCCGAAUCUGACACAGGUCGCCGCCAAAUGGGCGCAGAACCUCGCAAAGCGUCAGAAGAUGGAGCACAGUCCCAAUGGCAAGUACGGUGAGAAUAUCUACUACAGCAGCGGUCAGCAGGUGACGCCGGAAAUGCCCGCGAAGAUGUGGUAUGACGAGAUUGCUAAAUAUGAUUUCGCCAAAGCGCAAUUCAAUCCAUACACUGGGCACUUUACACAGCUUAUAUGGCGCGACACCAAGCAAGUGGGUGUGGCCUAUGCGACGUCUGGCGAAAAAGUGUGGGUUGUCGCUAAUUAUGAUCCACCGGGUAAUGUGAAUGGUUUCUUCAAAGACAAUGUGCCGCCAAAAAAGUGAAGAGCAAAAAGGAAUCGAGCUUCGAGGAAUAUUUUAAGGCCACCGCGUUUUGGUAAUAUCAAAACAGUGUAAGGGAGCCAUAAUCAAUUGUUGGUGAGCUCACAGUAACCCAGAUGUUUUAAAACGCCAGUGAGAAACUCUCCAUAAACUGGUUGCAUUAAGAGAGUCGAAUGAAAUGGUAUUGUUGUAGAGUUGCCAUAUGAGAAUUUAUAAUCAUAAACGAAAUAAAUUAAAAGUAUUUACUAUGAAAUUUGGGAAAGUCUG